CGUUAUAGUCUCUUGGACCUUUGAAGACUAUUCUUUAUGAGGUUACUAGUAUGGGGUUUGCUCGCAUUUCAUGCGUUGCUACGCAUUUCAAGUUUUCGGCACAUUUCGGAGUUUAGGUUAGGUCUCGGGGAUGCUGAAGAUAUUACAGUAAAAGGCUUGCAAAUCGUAAAACGAGUAGACAAAGUAUAUCUUGAAGCAUAUACAUCGAUUCUGACAGUUGGGAAAGAUGCUUUGGAAGAGUUUUUAUGGAAGAACCAUCACCAAUUGCAAUAG